AUGUCCACUGCGUUUGAAGAGCUAAUUUUUACUUUUUUUUUUCUUUAUAAACGCUUAUCUGUCUUCAUUCGCAAUUCUUUCUUUUUAAGAAAAUGCCUUUUCAUUUCUUCUCCCUCCGAGCUAUCCUUCAUUACUGAAGACGACGCUGCCCCCUCUAUCUCCAUCCAUCGAAAAAAAAAAAGAAAAAGAGAAGAAAGACAGAGCCCGCGCUCAGAGUUGCUUGAGGUGGUGCUACGAUUGCGCAGUCCUAGCCAUAGGUACUUAACUUCCGGAAAGACGGUUUCAGUGAUAAGGAGAGGAUCCGAGACGACCGAGGGUCUCUCGGAGAGUAGCAGCGGACUACUUAACCGCCGUCCAGCGCCCGGUGUUGCUUCGGGUCGGGGGCCGAAAGCACUUCUCGUUCGCAACCACCAGACGGAAGGCAGACGUCGGGAUGGGUCCUUCUCCGACAGAGAACUUGCACGAUAUAGAAAAUAUUUAUCUCAACGAGCACCUGGCUAUGGAAUCACAAAUACUGCGAGACACGAUAUUGGGGCCAUUCGAAUACUCUUCGUGCCACGUGUUACGAAUAUAAAUCAGAGGCGUCAGUUCCUCUUUAGAACCGAAAGACCAACCGAGCGACUUGCUGAACCCGAUCCCCCGUCCGACCCUGCGUCCACUUUAUACUCUGGCCGCUGGAGAGGACCUGGUGCUGAUGAGGUCGGGUGGUGCGUACAUCUUCCUCUUGCUUCCUCUUGCGUCUUUCUCUCCUUUUUUUUUUUACUGAUUCACUGCCUUUCUUCCUUCCCUCCUUCCUUCCUUGAACGAUGUGCCUUACAUUUCUCUCUCUCUCUCUUCUUUCUCUCUUUUUCUUUUUCUUUAGAUCUCUUUUCUACUUAUCUCUCUCUAUUCUAUCUCUCCCUCUCUCUCUCGCUCGUUUUUCUUUUUCUUUUCAUUUCUUUUCUAUAUUUCUCUCUUUUAUCUCUCUCUCUCUCUCUCUCGUUUCUCCUCAUCUCUCUUCUUCCUUUCACUCUCUUCAAUCUCUCCUCUUGUUUUUCCUUUUCUUCACAUAUCCUUUCUACCUUUCUCUCUCUCCUAUCUUUCCUUCUCCCACUCUCUCUCUCUCUCUCUCGUUUUUCAUUUUCUUAUCUCUUUUCUAUCUCUCUCUCUUCUAUCUUUCCUCACUCUCUCUCUCUCAUUUUUACUUUUUUUCUCAUCUCUUUUCAAACUUUCUCUCUUUUCUAUCCCUCCCUCUCUCUCUCCCUCUUUUCCUUUUUUUCUCAUCUUUUUCUCCUUUUCUCUCUCUCUCUCAUGUCUCUCUCGUUUUUCCCUUUCUUAUCACCUCUUUUCUACUUUUCUUUCUCCCUCACUCUUCUCACUCCCCCUCUCUCUCUCUCUCUCUUGUUUUUCCUUUUCUUCUCAUUUCGUUUUUACUUUUCUCUCUUUUUUUCUAUCAUGUCUAACCCCUCUCUCACACUCGUUCUUCCUUUUCUUCACAUCUAUUUUAUACCAUCCUCUCUCUCUCUCUCUUUCUUUCCCCUAUCUCUCCUUUUCUCGCCCUCUUUUUUUUUCUUCUCAUUUCGUUUCUACUUUUCUCUCUCUUUUCUAUCACGUCUAACCCCUCUCUCACUUUCGUUUUUCCUUUUCUUCUCAUCUCUUUUCUACCUUUCUCUCCCUGUCUAUCUCUCUCGUUUUGUCUUUACUAUUCAUCUAUUUUAUAAUUUUCUCUCUAUUCGAUCUCUACCUCUCUCUCUCUCUCUCUCUCUCUCUCUCUCACGUUUUCCUUUUCUUCUCACCUCUUUUCUACCAUUCUCUCUCUUCUAA